UUGUUCUGAUUCCCUUUCUCUUCAUGAGUCCAGAGGAGGAAGGCAGUGAGCCACGCUGGAAGGACUUGGCCUCAGCUGGCAUGAGCUGGGUGGGUAUUCAUGUAUUCAUGCACUAAGUAGCCACCCGUGGGGCUCACUCCAUGCUUGGUGCCAGGGAAAGGGGGAGCACCGCAGACAGGGACAGCCAGGAGCACAGCACAUAGAGCCAGCCUGAGAAGAGCCGUCCCUGAGCAGGAGCCAGGAGGCCUCCAAGUGAAAAGAGGUGCUCAGUAUAGCCUGGAAGGCCGAGGAAGCCUCCCGGAGGAGGCCGCCUGCAUCCUAUGCUCAGUGAAGGCAGGAACUGCACUGCCCCACUCAAUACGGGAUCCCAGAUGCUCAGCAGUGUGGAAGGAAGUGACUGGAAGCUCAGACCUGAAGGGCGACCAGGUCCAGCUCCAGCAGAGGCAGGCACGUGUGUUCAAAGUGGAGGAAACGUCCUGGCCACAGGCUCGGAGGUGGGCUUUGUGCAAAUCACUGUGCAGAGUGCCUGGGACCUCCUGGGUGAGCAGGGAGUGGCAGAAGCUGAGGCUGAGGCUGAGGCUGAGGCUGGAGGCAGUGCUGCAUUUUCGGGUCUAGGCCUCAGAGCUCGUAAAAAUAGCUCGCUGCUUUCUUAAACCAUUAUGUGGUUUCUCUUCUUCCUUCAUUCCUUGCCAAGCCCGGAAAGCCAGGUUGGGUCACUGCUGGGAGGUAUGAGAAGGAGCUUAAUUCCGUCGCUUCUGAGCUGUCUGCACGGCAGGAGGAGAGUGAACAUUCUCAUAAACAUUUAAUUGAACUCCGCCGGGAAUUUAAGAAAAAUGUACCUGAGGAAAUCAGAGAGAUGGUGGCUCCUGUAUUAAAAAGCUUCCAAGCCGAGGUGGUGGCUCUUAGUAAGAGAAGUCAGGAGGCGGAGGCGGCUUUUCUGAGUGUUUACAAGCAAUUAAUUGAAGCACCAGACCCCGUGCCUGUGUUUGAGGCGGCGCGCAGCCUAGACGACAGACUGCAGCCACCCAGCUUUGAGCCCAGCGGGCAGCACCGGCAAGACCUCCACACUUCGUGGAAGAGAAACCCCGAGCUCCUGAGCCCCAAAGAGCAGCGAGAGGGGACGUCGCCUACCGUGCCCACGCUGACCGAGGGAAGCCACCUCCCAGGCAUUCCCGGGAAAGCCCUCCUGACAGAAACCUUGCUGCAGAGAAAUGAGGCGGAGAAACAAAAGGGCCUUCAAGAAGUACAGAUCACUUUGGCGGCCAGACUGGGGGAGGCAGAGGAGAAAAUCAAAGUCCUACAUUCAGCGCUAAAGGCCACGCAGGCAGAGCUUCUAGAGCUGCGGCGGAAAUACGACGAGGAGGCGGCAUCCAAGGCAGAUGAAGUCGGCCUGAUCAUGACCAACCUGGAGAAAGCUAAUCAGCGAGCCGAGGCUGCCCAGCGGGAGGUGGAAAGUCUCCGGGAACAGCUGGCCUCUGUCAACAGCUCCAUCCGCCUGGCUUGUUGCUCUCCCCAGGGGCCUAGUGGGGAUAAGGUGAACUUUGCUUUGUGCUCGGGACCUCGGCUGGAGGCUGCGCUGGCCUCCAAGGACAGGGAGAUCCUGCGGCUGCUGAAGGACGUGCAGCACCUGCAGAGCUCGCUGCAGGAGCUGGAGGAGGCGUCCGCCAACCAGAUCGCAGACCUGGAGCGGCAGCUCACAGCCAAGUCUGAGGCCAUAGAGAAGCUGGAAGAGAAGCUCCAGGCCCAGUCUGACUAUGAGGAAAUUAAAACAGAGCUGAGCAUCCUGAAAGCCAUGAAGCUGGCCUCCAGCACCUGCAGCCUGCCCCAGGGCAUGGCCAAGCCCGAAGACUCACUGCUUAUUGCAAAGGAGGCCUUCUUCCCUGCGCAGAAAUUCCUUCUGGAGAAGCCCAGCCUCCUGGCCAGCCCUGAGGAGGACCCAUCAGAGGACGAUUCCAUCAAGGACUCACUGGGCACGGAGCAGUCCUACCCCUCCCCUCAGCAGCUCCCACCUCCGCCGGGGCCUGAAGACCCCUUGUCCCCCAGCCCCGGGCAGCCCCUGCUGGGCCCCACCUUGGGACCCGACGGCCCUCGGACUUUCUCGCUGUCCCCCUUCCCCAGCCUGGCAUCAGGGGAGAGACUGAUGAUGCCCCCAGCCACCUUCAAGGGAGAGGCGGGCGGCCUGCUGGUGUUCCCCCCAGCCUUCUACGGCACCAAGCCCCCCACAGCCCCUGCCACCCCAGCCCCUGGCCCUGAGCUGCCAGGGGGUCCUGAGCCCACGGAUGGUGGUGGGGGCGGAGCAGCGGGGCCUGGGGCGGAGGAGGAGCAGCUGGACACGGCGGAGAUCGCCUUCCAGGUGAAGGAGCAGCUGCUGAAGCACAACAUUGGGCAGCGCGUGUUUGGCCACUACGUGCUGGGGCUGUCCCAGGGCUCGGUCAGCGAGAUCCUAGCCCGGCCCAAGCCCUGGCGCAAGCUCACGGUGAAGGGCAAGGAGCCCUUCAUCAAGAUGAAGCAGUUCCUGUCGGACGAGCAGAACGUGCUGGCACUCAGGACCAUCCAGGUGCGGCAGCGAGGCAGCAUCACCCCGAGAAUCCGCACACCUGAAACGGGCUCAGACGAUGCCAUCAAGAGCAUUCUAGAGCAGGCCAAGAAGGAGAUCGAGUCGCAGAAAGGUGGCGAGCCCAAGACCUCGGCGGCCCCACUGAGCAUCGCCAACGGCGCAGGCCCCGCCAGCACCUCAGAGGACGCCAUCAAGAGUAUCUUGGAGCAGGCGCGCCGUGAAAUGCAGGCGCAGCAGCAGGCGCUGCUGGAGAUGGAGGCAGCACCCCGGGGCCGCUCGGUACCUGCCUCGCCCCCGGAGCGGCCCUCGCUGGCCACUGCAAACCAGAACGGGGCCCCGGCCUUGGUGAAGCAGGAGGAGGGCGGUGGGGGCCCCGCACAGGCACCGCUCCCGGUCCUGUCCCCGGCCGCCUUCGUGCAGAGCAUCAUCCGCAAGGUCAAGUCCGAGAUCGGCGAUGCCGGCUACUUCGACCACCACUGGGCCUCGGACCGCGGCCUGCUCAGCCGCCCCUACGCCUCCGUGUCGCCCUCGCUGUCCUCCUCCUCCUCCGGCUACUCGGGUCAGCCCAAUGGCCGCGCCUGGCCCCGCGGGGAUGAGGCCCCUGCGCCCCCCGAGGACGAGGCGACUGCCGGGGCAGAGGACGAGCCCUCCAGGGCGGGCGAGCUCAAGGCCGAGGGCAUGGUGGCCGAGGCGGGUGCGCGGCUGCCCUACUACCCGGCCUACGUGCCGCGCACCCUGAAGCCCACCGUGCCGCCGCUGACCCCCGAGCAGUACGAGCUAUACAUGUACCGCGAGGUGGACACACUAGAGCUCACCCGCCAGGUCAAGGAGAAGCUGGCCAAGAAUGGCAUCUGCCAGAGGAUCUUCGGGGAGAAGGUGCUGGGCCUGUCACAGGGCAGUGUGAGCGACAUGCUGUCCCGGCCAAAGCCCUGGAGCAAACUGACGCAGAAGGGGCGAGAGCCCUUCAUCCGCAUGCAGCUGUGGCUCUCUGACCAGCUCGGCCAGGCGGUGGGCCAGCAGCCCGGCCCCUCCCAGGCCAGUCCCACAGAACCAAGGUCCUCACCAUCCCCACCCCCCAGCCCUACAGAACCUGAGAAGAGCUCCCAGGAGCCGCUGAGCCUGUCCCUGGAGAGCAGCAAGGAGAACCAGCAGCCAGAGGGCCGCUCCAGCUCCUCGCUCAGCGGGAAGAUGUACUCAGGCGGCCAGGCCCCAGGAGGCAUCCAGGAGAUCGUGGCCAUGUCCCCCGAGCUGGACACCUACUCCAUCACCAAGAGGGUGAAGGAGGUCCUCACAGACAACAAUCUAGGGCAGCGGCUGUUUGGGGAAAGCAUCCUGGGUCUGACACAAGGCUCCGUGUCUGACCUGCUGUCCCGGCCCAAACCCUGGCACAAGCUGAGCCUGAAGGGGCGGGAGCCCUUUGUCCGAAUGCAGCUGUGGCUCAAUGACCCCCAUAACGUGGAGAAGCUGAGGGACAUGAAGAAGCUGGAGAAGAAAGCCUACCUGAAACGCCGCUAUGGCCUCAUCAGCACCGGCUCGGACAGCGAGUCCCCAGCCACCCGCUCCGAGUGCCCCAGCCCCUGCCUGCAGCCCCAGGACCUGAGCCUCCUGCAGAUCAAGAAGCCCCGGGUGGUGCUGGCACCCGAGGAGAAGGAGGCGCUGCGGAAGGCCUAUCAGCUGGAACCCUACCCCUCGCAGCAGACCAUCGAGCUCCUCUCCUUCCAGCUCAACCUCAAGACCAAUACCGUCAUCAACUGGUUCCACAACUACAGGUCCCGGAUGCGCCGGGAGAUGUUGGUGGAGGGGACCCAGGAUGAGCCAGACCUUGACCCAAGUGGGGGUCCUGGAAUCCUACCACCAGGCCACUCCCACCCGGACCCCACCCCACAGAGCCCUGACUCUGAGACUGAGGAUCAGAAGCCGACCGUGAAGGAACUGGAGCUUCAGGAGGGCCCUGAGGAGAACAGCACAACCCUAACCACCCAGGACAAGGCCCAAGUGAGGAUCAAGCAGGAACAGACAGAGGACACCGAGGAAGAGGCAGGAAGCCAGCCCCAAGACUUAGGGGAGCCAGACAAAGGUCAAGGUCCGCCCAAAGAGGAGCAUCCUGACCCUCUGGGUAAUGACAGACUACAAAAAGUGGCUCCUGGGCCCCUCCUUCCAGGUGGACCCAUCCCAGACUCUCCCUCACUUCAUCCCCCACAGGAGAGUGAGGCCGGGGAGCGGCUUCACCCAGACCCUCUAAGUUUUAAAUCAGCCUCGGAGUCCUCACGCUGCAGCCUGGAGGUGUCACUGAACUCACCCUCAGCCGCCUCCUCGCCAGGCCUCAUGAUGUCUGUGUCACCUGUCCCCUCCUCCUCAGCUCCCAUCUCCCCAUCCCCACCUGGCGCACCCCCUGCCAAAGUGCCGAGUGCCAGCCCCACUGCCGACAUGGCUGGAGCCUUGCACCCCAAUGCCAAGGUGAACCCCAACUUGCAGCGGCGGCACGAGAAGAUGGCCAACCUGAACAGCAUCAUUUACCGACUAGAACGGGCUGCCAAUCGGGAGGAGGCCCUGGAGUGGGAGUUCUGAAGGCAGGGUGAGGGGCAAGGGACAUACCCUAGUAACUACCUUCCUUCUCUCACUCUCCUCAACAGGGUGGGGUAGGGGAUGGAGGAACUUAACCAUCAAAAUGUGGACAGCAAUGUUAUGCCGUUUACGUUUUUUGUUGUAAUCCUAGUUCUAUGAAGUUGUGUGAGCAGGUGGGUCAAAUGCCAUUGCCUCCACUUGGGCACCCCUGCCCCUCUUCUCUGCCCUGACCCCUCUGCAGGAGGCAGAAGCAAAAUGGCACCACAUAUUCACCUGAAAACUCCAAACUCUUUUAGAAAAAUAAAUAUUUAUAGACCUCUUUUAGAUAUUUUAAUAAAGGAUCCUUUGGAAUUUAUCCCAGCUGAUGCUGUUUUGAUAUUACAGAGAGUUAUAAAAUCAGGAUGCUGUCACAACUGUUGCGAAGUAUACACUGAAGUUGUGUCGUUUUUGCCACUAGAUGAGAUUAAAAGAAGACAAUUGUUCAAAGCCAUCACAAAACACUAUAAGACUGACCAAAAUUUAUAUAACCUUUGAACCACGGUUUUUCCCACAUCUGUCUGUGAGACACAGCACAUUGCUACUGCCCUUCCAGAAACUGUGCUAAAAAGAGAAAGUCCAAAAGACUCUAAACGAAAAGCUCGAUGCCGUUGAGGAUGUGUUUCAUUCUGGUGGUCUGUUUUGCAACCUUGAUAACACAGAAUGCCCCGUGCCAUUGUAAAUGUUGUAGAGCUGUGGGCUGUAGCCCAACCGUCCUAUACGAGAUGUAGCAUGUUACAAAACAAACUGCUCACACAGGUCUCACUAGUUAGACACCUGUGAUGCCAUGGAGGUCAGACAUCCAACUUGUCCGUCUAUAGGCAAGAAGCGUUUCCAGAUCCUUUGGAAAGGUGGGCAUGGGGUGGGUGCCAGAAGAGUGGCGUUUGAGCCAGAGCAACCCCAUUUCCCCAUGUGAACCAUGGGCACAACCCAGAAGUUUCCCCACUUGUAGGAGUGUGGGUAUUCCAGAGCAAGACUGUGGCCACCAUCUUCCCCUCUUGGUGUUUUCCAAAAGUGACUGUGUUGGUCAUCCCAUGACCACUGAAGCUUAGUAACCAGCGCCAAAAAGUAGAUUCAUCAAACGAGAGACCCCAGCUCCCCUUCUCACCAUCUUCUUUCUCAAGUUGACCCUGGUGCUGUUUCUGGAAGGUAUCUGCAACUCCAAGUCCAUGCAGAACUCUGGAAGGCCAAGUUCAUCGCAGCAUGUUCACCAUAUCCCAGCCUCCAAAUCUACCCUCCUACCGUCCAACGCAUGACCUGUUGGGGAGCAGAGACUCAACCUCCGACUCAGAGGAGCCCUUCUUCCAGCAUCUUUGGCAUGGUUUCUAGGGUGAGAGUUCCCAAUUUGGAUGGAACAGCCACCAUAUUGGUUAUUGAAUCUCUCUCCCUUUUUCAAACUGCCUGUGGGAAGGCUGAAUUGGGUGACUCCCCAGAAUGCAGAUGAAAAGACCGUAAUCAGUGCUGAUGUAAUGCCAGCGAGAGAGAUGGCCGAUGGAGGUUUCAAAGAUGCAGCUAACAAUUCGAAACCAUAUGGGCAAAACUCGGCAACUGGAAGGUACAGAUUAAGGACCAUUCCAGAAAUCCCAACUCUCACACCCAGCCCAGGCUGCAGUCUCCACCCCAAACAGUCAACAAAACACAAACCCUGAAGGAAAACCUUUUCCAUACACCCAGGCUAUGCAUUGAAGAGUUUUCCACUGUAUACAUUUUUAUCCAGAUGAAGGUAUUUUUAUAUUUUGACAAUAGGAAACAGUGACCAAUUUUCAGAGUAAUCAAAUCUGGAACAAAGGAACCAUCUCCUUUUUGCCACCACCACCCUGUUGCAAUUAAGACAACCAUGGGGGAACACACGACUUUUUACUGUUGAAACCAACAUAGCAUUGAAAUCCAGGCUUAUACGCAGACUUCGAUUCCUAGAGAACUAAAUUUGGCUUUAGUGUGACGGGAUUUGAUUAAGCACUUAGUAUAGUCUUUUGAACACAGAAAUCCUGUUUCACUUAAAGCUAGUGGACCCGUGAACAACUUUGUCAGGUUCACGUCCUGUAACGGUUGACACACACACACACACACACACACACACACACACCAUUUCUAUGAGAGAUUGAUGAACUUUGUUUAAAAUUUAAAAAAAAAGGAACAUGUUCUGUAAACAAGUCGCUAAAUACAGAAUUGUAUAAUAA